AUACUCGUACUGCAAUUCUGGCGUCAGCAUCCUGUACCUACAAAAUUUCAUAUGUUCAAAUUUUGUGCUAAUCCAGAUUUUGUGCUUUUUUGACUGAACAGAGCACCCAUGGAUGAGAGAAGGAGAAGCAUCAGACAAACCAAUAGACAGUGCAGUCCUUUCCAGAAUGAAGCAAUUCAGAGCAAUGAACAAACUCAAAAAAUUGGCUCUGAAGGUCAUUGCAGAAAGUCUCUCUGCAGAAGAAAUCCAAGGGCUGAAAGCAAUGUUUCAAAAUAUGGACACUGACAACAGUGGCACAAUCACAUAUGAAGAACUAAAGAGUGGACUUGCUCGACUUGGGUCAAAACUCACAGAGGCAGAAGUUAAACAGUUAAUGGAAGCUGCUGAUGUUGAUGGAAAUGGACAUAGACUACAUUGAGUUCAUUACUGCUACAAUGCACAAGCACAAACUCGAAAGAGAAGAAAACCUUUAUACAGCAUUCCAGUAUUUUGAUAAAGAUAAUAGUGGGUUCAUUACGAGAGAUGAGUUAGAAACUGCGAUGAAAGAUUAUGGAAUGGGUGACCCAGCCACCAUAAAGGAGAUAAUAUCUGAAGUGGAUACAGAUAAUGAUGGAAGAAUCAAUUAUGAAGAGUUCUGCACAAUGAUGAGAAGCGGUACAAAACAGCCAAACAAGCUCUUCUAGUUCAAAGCUCCAAGAGCUUAAGCUCUAUGACUCGGGGUUAAAUCUUCUUCUCGGUUGGAAAUUACAUUACUAAGUCGAGCAGCAGCUGUCCAGCAGGCUUUCAGUUUGGAAAUUUAAAGUAUAGCAUUUGUUUUGUGAUUUGUUCCAGCUCAGUUGUUGCUCUUUCUGCUGUUUCCUCAGUAUCUAUCCAGCCUUUUUUAAACAACCUUCCUUUGGAUGUCUGGAGGAGGGAGGGGAAAAUCUGGAUGUCUAAACCUCGCAUUUAAUCCCCUCUUCUUUUUUGAUUUAUUCUUUAAAUGAAAAAAAUGAAAAUAGCCUUCCGUAA